GUCAGUGGACUUUGAUACCUCUCAAAAUGAAGUGCGCAAUCUUGCUAUGUCUGUUGGUCGGACUGAUAGCGGUCAGCGAGGCAAAGAGUUACAAGAAGACAUGGUUGGAGGAAAAGCUUCGUGAUCUGGCUCUAAAGCAGAGACGGAUGGGCGGCCCAAAAGGACCAGGCGGAUCAGAUGAAGGAGACGAGCCUCCUACAGGAUCAAAUCAAGAAGGGGAAGCUCUUGGGGGUCCAGGAGAGGGUGAACAUGAUGGGGAAGGCGAGGAAGGCGGGGAAGGUGAACAUGGACCAUGUUUUACAAUCAAAGACCUGGAAGAUGUUAUUGCUUUCCUGAAAGAGGGUGAAGAAGAAUUUGGCGGCGAAGGUGACAUGGGUCCACCAGUGGCUGGGGGAGAAGGCGGGGCACCUGCUGACGAAGGUCCACUGAAGCGAAAAUACCAGGACGUUUCAUCCAUCGCCAGAACUCUUCUGAAGAUCCUUGCAGACCGCAAGGUAGACAAUUAUUCUUUUAUAUAUCUUACAUAUUUUGCAAUAUCUAUUGCAUUUAUCGCAAGAACAAAUAUGAUUCGGCAAAAUGAAUAUCACUUUUGUAUGUACAAAUGUGAUAUGAAGAAGAUACCAAAGUUAGCAAGAUAA